AUGACGGGUGUGAGUGUAGCUGCGGUCAGUCUCGUGGCUGUUGUAUAUAGUAUGCUGGUGCCGGUUGCGGAGUUCGCGGCUGUGCCGCCACCUGCCUGCUGCCCAUUAGAGGACAAGAAUGAAACAGGUGUUCACCCGGAUGUUACGUCACAAGAAGCAGAAUGGAAACAGAGACUCCAUUCAUUUGAAAACUCACUGUUGAUGAGCGUGGAGAGAAGAAGUUUGGCCUUCGCAGCUCUGCUGAUGGCGGUGUCCAUGGCUAUAUUACUAAUAGGGACUUGUAUUUUGUCGUGUAGAUCGGAGGAGGCUGGUUGUCAGUACGAACCUUUAUCACAGGAAGACUGGGAUACCUUAACAUCCAGUCUCUUACGGAAUGCAAACCAUGUAGACUUGAAAACUCAUCUUUAUCCGGCACCGUUUCGAGAACAGCCGGAAAUGUAG